AUGGAGAAGCAAUCAGAAACUGCAGUAGCCGAGAUGAGGAAGACAGUGGAGAAGCUUGGAUCAUCUACUGAGAAACACGGAGACCCAACGCUUAUGAGGUUCUUGGUUGCAAGACCAAUGGACCCAAACAAAGCCGCCAAGAUGUUCGUUCAGUGGCAAAAGUGUCGAGCCGAAUUCGUUCCUUUGGGAUUCAUCCCUGAAUCUGUAAUCCCAGAUGAGCUGAAUGCUCGUAAGGUAUAUCUACAGGGCAUCACUAAAGCUGGACACCCCCUCGUGAUCGUAAAAACGAGAAGACAUUUCCCUCCCAAAGACCACAUCCAAUCCAAGAAAUUUGCGGUGUACAUUCUAGACAAAACAAUUGCAAGUUCUCUCAAGGGAAGAGAAAUAGGGAAUGAGAAGUUGAUUGGCAUCCUUGAUUUGCAACAAAUUACACUUAAGAAUAUAGAUGCACGUGCUUUAAUUACUGGUUUCCAAUUUUUGCAGUCUUUCUAUCCAGAACGCUUGGCAAAGUUGUUCCUUUUAAGUAUGCCUUGGUUUUUUGUGGGCGUUUGGAGGAUGGUUUCCUGCUUACUUGAGAAGGCAACACUAGAAAAGAUUGUUAGUGUGAGUAAUGAAAAAGAGAAAAAGGAUUUCAUAGAGGAAAUUGGAGAAGAUACUUUGCCCUAG